ACUCAUAAUGGUUGGACACAAGUGAAGCGGGAGUAAACAAUGACAGAAUUUUUCAUUUUUAAGUGAACUAUCCCUUUAAUUGUACCUUUCUACAUUGCUUUUCCACAUCUAGAUGCUCUGCCGGUGCACUUUUAGGUUUAGUUGGGCAUGGAUUGCUUAGUUGAAAUGAGUGGAAAUUAAACCAACUUUUGUUAAUCAUUCUGCAGCCUGCUGACAGUUUCUUUCUAAAAUCGCUGCAUCUCCUCACAUUGUAUGUGUGGCAACAACAUGUCUGUACCCCUGCUCGCUGAAGCCGUGACGGUGCCUGGGACGGAGAAGGAGACGGCUGUGGUUAUCUUCCUUCAUGGCUUGGGCGAUACAGGACACGGCUGGGCUGAUGCCAUGACAUCGAUUCGACUGCCGUACAUCAAAUACAUCUGCCCACAUGCGCCCAGAAUCCCUGUAACGCUCAACUUGAAGAUGACCAUGCCGUCAUGGUUUGAUCUGAUGGGCUUAAGCCCCGAAUCACCGGAGGAUGAAGCAGGGAUUAAGAGAGCAGCAGAGAACAUAAAAGCCAUCAUCGAUCACGAGGUAAAGAACGGUAUACCAUCCAAUCGUAUUGUCCUCGGUGGCUUCUCUCAGGGUGGAGCUCUGUCUAUCUACACCGCUCUGACCUCCCAGCAGCAGCUUGCCGGCGUCGUCGGACUCAGCUGUUGGCUUCCACUUCAUAAGACUUUCCCACAGGCAGCAGGUGCGAGUGCAAACAAGGACACUCCUAUUCUUCAGUGUCACGGUGAGAUGGAUCCCAUGAUCCCGGUGCAGUUUGGGGCCAUGACAGCAGAGAAGCUCAAGACCAUCGUUUCUCCACAGAAUAUCACCUUCCGCACCUACCCGGGUCUCAUGCACAGCUCCUGUCCUCAGGAGAUGUCUGCUGUGAAGGACUUCAUUGAAAAGCAGUUGCCCCGAGUCUGACCUCAUUCUAACUCACUGUGACCCUUAGACACUGACCUCUCACCUCCGACCUGCCAUUCUCCCACAGGAAACAGCCAUGAUCCCCUGCAAAUCAAACACAUACACACAUACAUGCGCAUCAGUUGUACAUACUGUGAACAUGCAGCACAUGCAUACCCUAUCAUCUCAUCUCAUCUCACGCCUUUGUUUUUGAUCUCAUUCAUCAGUGGACAUUUAUUAAAUAAAAACAGUGAUAUUAUUAGUAUUAUUUGGUUUCAAUGCACACAUUAAAAUCAUAAAAUUAUUAUUAUUAUUAUUUUUUAAGGGAGAUUCUUCAUUUUACAUUCCUGUAAGCAUCUUAAAUUGUUUUCCUGUAUCUCUCUCUCUCUCUAUCCAAUAUUUAUCUCUUCUGUUUCUUUAUAAGCAAUGCAGGUAAGAUUUUACUAGAUGGGAGAUGUCCAAUGCGUCUGGAGUGAUUUCCAUCACGUGACGCUGCUCUGCAUGCUUUUGCCCACGGCGCAUGUCGGCCCUGGGCCUUCAUCCAGAUGCUGCAACUCAUACCUGUGCUUUUUGUUUACUAGAAAUAUGAGAAAGGCAAGCAAAGGCUUUAAUAAACUAAGCAAAUGAAUCAUUCCUAUCUUCCAGUAUGCUUUGUUCUUUUCAACUAAUAUUAAAACAUCAUCUAUGCCAGAGCGGAAUCUGCUGGUGAGUCUAUAUGCAAAAUUAUGAUCAGUUUUUUUUAAAUAACACAGUACUUGUAUUAUAAACCUAUUUAAAAUGAACACCUUUGAAUAAAUUCACAUAGCCAGCUUUAGAUUUGAGAAUUGAACUCUUGUGUAAUAGAUAUAAUCUAUAAUAGUAAGCGCUGAACAUCACUUAUUAAUAAUAAUAAUACUACUAAUCUGAGUGGAUCACUCCAGACGCACACCCGGAUCAUUUUUUUCCACUUGCUUUAAAUAGCAUCAUAAAUCCACCUCAUAAUCAUCCUCAAAUCACGUGACCAAACACAUACAAGUGUUCUGGGGUCUCAGGCGGCUUCUGUAAAUACAUUUCAGGUUCCAUAUUGUUGCAGAAAAGUCUUGUUUACUGACACGACCUAUUAAUAAAAGUCACAGUUAAAUUAAAGAAGCGCGAUUAGCUAUUAAAAACCCAACGAUGCGUUUGCAAACAUAAUUAUUUCUCACAGUUUUACUGGUAUACAAUUUGAUUACAAUGGUUUCUGUGAUGAUAUCUAAACCAGUCGUUUGCAAAGUAGUGAAUGUUGCUUUUUUUAAUCUAAAUAGAUGUUCUUGGAUAUAUUAUUAGUUCAGUAUUAUUUUACCUUGGGCUAUUUGACUUUUCUUAACUGCUACGAUCCCCUCUUUUCUAUUUGGCAUUAUUCUGUAUUGUUGGUUGGAGUGAUUUCUUGACUGGUUUUCCUCUAUGCCCUGUGGCUUGAAUGUUUAUUGUGUGAAUCAUGGGCAUGCCAGGCACAAGUUGGUCAGCGGAAACUGGCAAUAUCUUUGGGUUUAACAGUGAAAUUAUUAUUAGUUUGUUCCACUUGAGUUGUAUUUUGUUGUUGGGUUUAUUUUGUUGUCAUUUGUGCUGAUUUAAGAAAAUCUGUCAUGUUUAGUUGUCGUAUUUUUAUUUGAAGUUUGCUGAGGGACAAUUGGUUCCUCACAAAUCUUUUCCGAAACACCUAUAUGUGAAAUAAAUGAUGCAAAUCGCA